AUGGCAUCAUUUAAAAACAUUCCACCAAACUUUACUAUUUCACCAGAUGGAAGUCAUUUAAUCUUAUCAAUUCCCAUUGAAAAAUCCUAUGUUGAUGAUAGAUCAUAUAGACUUAUUAGAUUAAGUAAUGAAUUAGAAAUAUUGCUUAUUCAUGAUGCUGAAACUGAUAAAUCAAGUGCUGCUUUAGAUAUUCAUGUUGGUCAUUUAUGCGACCCGGAUAAUUUACAAGGACUUGCUCACUUUU